UGGCGGCUUUCAUGAAAAGUUGACAUAAUAACACGAGAAUGUAAACUUAUGUAAAAUCAAGUAACUGAUAGCUACCCCGAGCAUGUUUCGCACUGCCGGUUACUAUCGUGGUGUGAAUUGUCCAUACUUUGCCAGCGGACUUUGUGAACGCCCGCAUUGUCACUUCAGACACGUCAAACAAGAUCAGAAUGAAGAUCUGAAUAGCAGGCCAAAGACUCCAACUCCCUCAAAAGAUGCAAGCUCAUAUUUGGAGAAGCUCUCUGAUGGACAAUUCCCAUUGACCAGUGAAUCUAUCAAGUCCUACUCCAAGGAUAAUGAUGUGGACGUUGAUGAAGAGAAAUCUAACAAUCACCAAAUUCUUAACAAAUAUACAGGUGAACCCAUAAUCAAUGAGAAAAGUGAAUGUUAUGAGUUGGGACCAAAUAUAAAUGAAGUCAAUAAAUACACGGGGAAACCUGUGGAGUACAACAAAUACACUGGAGAACCUAUUUAUCAUAAAGAGGAUAGUUCAUCGUCAUCUCUGAACAAACGAUGGACAGAGGCGGUGCUUGGGAGUGACACCCCAACCUAUAAUCCUACUCCAUUAAGUGAAUUACAGAAGAGAAACGCAAAUCCAAAUCUGAACAAAUAUUCAUUGUUGGCAAGUACUAUCUCUUCCAGCCAAGAGUAUGAUCCCGAAUCAAACUACUCCACCUCGACCAAAGUCCACCACGUGUCCGUUCCACAGGUUGGCCGUCCCUCCUACAGCAGUAAGAGGUCCUGUAGCUAUGAUCCUGCAAAUGUCAAGUAUAAAAAACCGGUUCUCAAAAGACAACGUGUGGCUUCAUUCUUUGAUGCAAAAUUUAGUUCAGACGAAGAAGAAGAAAAUAAAAAUGUUGAAAAAGAUGGAAAAGAUGAAAAAACAGUUUCAAGUGAUAAGGAAGACAAAUUUCAUCUGAAGGAUGUCAAUUACUUUGAGAAACUUUUAGAUGGACCCAAGGAUGUGGAUGAAAAGAAAAGUCGUGUUAAGGUUGAAAGUGAUGAUUCCUUGGAUUCUCUGGAUGAAGAUGUGGAUGUCACACCGUUACUUGAAAAGUGUCGAAGACGUUCACAGUCUGGGGGAAACGAACAGGACAGUACAGAGGAGAAAACAGAUGUUAAAUCCAAAGUCUCCAAUGUAGAUACAGGGGACAGUUCCUCUUUACACUCUAAAACAGAAACCGUCUCUAAGAAAGGCAAAGAAAGCUCUGAUUUAACUGAUAAAAAGACAAAGAAAAAAUCCACAGCUGAAUCGGUCCCCAGUACUGGUGACAAAAAUGACAAAUCUACUGAAAUUUGUGAUAGAAAUGACAAGAAAAAUCAUAUUGCUUCGUCAUCACAUUCAAAAUCUUCCCAUCAUGGAUCAAAUAAAUCACAGAAGGAAACUUCAUCAUCAAAAAUAUCUCAGGGGAACGGGAUUUCAACUCAUAAAUCAACUAAGGAGUCAUCGAAAAAUUCCCAACCUGGGACUAGUAAUUCAUCUCACAAAUCUUCAAAGGAGUCGUCAUCGAAAUCCUCACAUCAUCACAAAACCGAAUAUAGCAAAUCUUCACAUAACAGUGAUAAGAGCUCACACCACUCUUCAUCGAAAAAGCCUCAUUCAAGCACAUCGUUAUGUAAGGUCAAGGACAAAAGCAAAUCCCGAGAUUCACAAGACAGCAAAUCGUCAGAAACUGAAAAUCACCUUGUGUGUGAUACUGACAAGUCAAACGAUUUAUCAAAAUCAUCAUCAUCUUCAUCAUCAUCAAAUAAUCAUCGCAAACAUUCACGACAUUCAAAUUCUGAAUCAUCGUCGUCAUCUUCAGACAAACACCAGCAUAAUUCAGAAAGAGGUCACGAUACAAAUUCUGUUCACACUUCGUCACAUAGCUCGGGGUCUAGUAAAGGUAGCAAGGACAUGAAAAAUAGAGCCAAACAAAAAGACGACAAGACUAGUAAAAACGAUAAAAAGCGGACCAAGUCGGUGAGUUCUGAAAGGCGGAAGUCUUCAGAGACGAUCAAGAAAAAGAUUGUGGACAUCAACAUUGAUCUUUUUGGUGCAAACAGUGAGGACGAGGAGGACGAUGAGGAUUUGGUGGAGGUGCCGAUGGCGUCAGACGGACAUAUAUCGGAGAGUGACAUGGUGGCGUUUCUCAAUGAUAGUGAUUACUCCGAUGAAGACAUUGACAGAUAUGAUGAGUGUUUAAGAAUCUUUCAGGAAAACAAAGGAGUAAAGAAUAACACCAACAAAAAGAAAUCAUCUCCAGAAAAAUCUCAUGAUGCACAGAACCCAUCAGCUCCUUCUGGCAAGCAACGUAUGGCACACAAGAAAGAAUCAGAGAUUAUGAGGAAACUAAAGGUGUUUGAGAAACCAAAGUCGAAGAUGUCUCCGGCCGAAGUGAUGCACAACCGUUUCCUCCAGAUACAGGAGAAGGCUCGGAAUGCUGCUGCUGCUGCUGCUACUUCAAAUAAUGGAACAGCCUCGUCCUCAACAGCAAAAACAUUUAUGCUGUCUGGGAGUAAAAAAAGGACUGCCCACAACCUAUCUACCUCAAAAAGUAAUGGAACCUCCACAGAUAAAGCAGUUAUCAGCACAGCAUCGCGGACAGAAAAGAGGAAGGCACGCACCCCUCAUGUUUCUAACUUGGCAAGACCAACGAUUCCAUCAGAGUUUGGGGGUAAAGUGCCGAUGAACGUCCGUCAACGAUAUCUCAAUCUCAUCAUCGAUGAUUGUCUCAAAAUUUACGAUACUGAUAAGGAAGCAUUUGAUAGGGGCCAGCAGGAGGAGUCUGCGGUCUACAAGAGGGCUUCCAGUAAGACUGUUUACCUCAACAUUGCUGUCAACACCAUUAAGAGACUUCGUUCCGAGCAGGCUGGCCCAUCCAACUCCAAAAAGCCAAAGCAAACUGUAUUCACACUGUCACAUGAGCAAAUUCUCGGGGGCAAAAAUGCCACAAAGACUACUUUUACAAUCAAUCGAUCUGGGGGUGGUUCUAAAAUACAGGAGGAAAACUUUAAAGGUGCUGACUUGUACAAGCGCCUAAGCCGAUAUAUUCUGGUAGAGGAACAGAUGAAGGAGAAUGGUUUUCCUAGACCCUCUCCCACUGAACCAGGCUCAGCAGUGUUCUUUGUGGAACCAAGGAAGAAAAUCAAUGUACAGUCGUCUAAACCAACAAACUAUGAGAAACUCUGUAUCCGAUGUGGCAAGAUGUUCACCGUGUACCCCAACGGAACGUAUGCCAAAACGGAGGAGUGUACCUUUCACUGGGGCAAGGCAUGGAAAAAACGUGUUGCUGGUAUGAUUGACACUAGGUAUACGUGUUGUCAAGGUGACCUAACGACAGAUGGUUGUCAGAUUGCCAAGGGCCAUGUCCACGAAACCAACAAAUGGGAGACCAUGUCUGGGUACAUGAAGACUUUUCCAUGCUCACCACCGUGUGAUGGGGACUACGGGGUGUUUGCUAUGGACUGUGAAAUGGUGUACACAAAGUUUGGAAUAGAGCUGGCGCGAGUUACUGUGACUGACCCAGAAAAUGACUGUGUGUACGAAACACUUGUCAAACCAGAUGCUGCUGUCGUGGACUAUAACACAAGGUUUAGUGGACUGACAGAAGAGAUCCUGAAAGACGUGACUACCACGCUGAGGGAUGUGCAAGCUGUACUGCUCAGCCUCUUCUCCGACCGAACCAUCGUCAUGGGACACAGUCUUGAGAGUGAUUUCUCUGCUGUUAGGCUGCUGCACAACACGGUCGUGGACACCUCAGUGGUGUUUCCUCACAAGAUGGGACCACCCUACAAGAGAGCCCUCAAGACACUCAUGGCGGAAUACCUGAAGAAAAUUAUCCAAGAUGACGUUGGUGGCCAUGACAGCAAAGAAGAUUCCACAUCUUGUAUGGAGCUGAUGCACUUGAAAAUUAAAGAAGAUGCGCGUAAAGAACCAAGGCGAAGUUAAUCAUUUACAUUCAGAGCGGUGGAAGGUCGUAGGUCAUAAUUGAGUAGCAACUCAUUUUUUUUUUUUUUAACCUUUUGUGUAUAAAACUGAACGACAGGAAAUCUCUGCUUAUCUUAAUUCAUCAGGUAUUCAGUAUUUUCCCUUUGUCAUAAACUAUAUCCCGUGUCACAAUAGAACGGGUACUGCUAUAUUUGCCUGACAUUGAUAUUCCAGGAAACUUUUGAGACAAAAAAAUCAUAUAAACAAGUCUCUGUCUUGGACCUGGAUUCCUUGUGGCUCAAGAUCAUGAUGUAACCACAAAAAACACUUGAAAAAACCUUUACAAUACUCUUAAACAAACUUAGAUGUUCAUAUUCAAAUAUGUUAGCUCUUCAGGACACUAAUGUCCAACUCCGGCAACAUUAUAAAGGCCCACUUUCGGCGCCUCAUUAGCCAAAAAAUAUGUGUAUGGUUUUAUUUCGCAUAAACAUCUUGAAAUUCAUGAUUCAAAGCUUAAAAACACAAAGGUACAAUUUAUUUGUUUACAAGAAAAGUUGUGUAUUUUUUUGUGAGGCCCAGUGUUACAUUUGGCGCCCAACAAAACAUACCUACAGAAGGUGGUAUAGGGUCUCGUGUGUCUUCGGGGUUGAAGAAUUUGUUAAAGGAGUGAGGAAUGUAGCGGAACAGGACUGGGUCGAUCGUCGGCGACCGGAUAACUCAAUUGGUAGAGCAUCCGUCUAGAGUU